AACAAAAGUCGGCUGUAGGAAGUGUUUAAUCCCGGAAUGAGAUUAGCCAAAUUAGGGUAUAUUGAUUUUAAUAUUAAGUUAACGUUAGGUUGCAUUAGUGAUUUUUCAAUAUUGUAGUAUUACUUGUCUUAUAGAGAAGGCACAAUAGGUCACUGUGGUUGCGGUGCAAAGGCCAAGAAGGCCAAGAAGGCCCACUCCUUAUACAUUCAUAUCUUAAAGAGCUCAACGAAAGACAAGGAGUAAGAAUGAAAUAGAAGUAGCCCUGAUGUAACCAGGCAAGGAAAGCACCACUUGACAAUGUUGGAACCUGCAAUGCAAUUUCUUCAGUCACAAAGGAUAAUCUUAGCAAGUGGUUCUCCAAGAAGAGUAGAGAUUUUAAAGGCUAUGGGACUUAAGUUUGAUGUUUGUCCAUCAUUAUAUGCAGAAAACCUUGAUCCAUCAAAAUAUAAAUGUCACUCAGAAUAUGUCCUUGACUGUGCAUUGAACAAGGUGCAAGAAGUAGCAGACAGACUGUUUGCAGAAGGAAACAAACCCGAUAUAAUUAUUGGGGCAGAUACAGUUGUUUCAAAGGAUGGAAAGGUUUAUGGCAAACCUGAAGAUGAAGAAGCAGCAGUUGAAAUGUUAAAGCAGCUAGGAGGACAUGCACAUACUGUUUUCACCGGUGUUAUUGUCCGCACGUGUACCAAGAUUAUCAAGUUUAGUGAGAGCACCAAAGUUUUCAUGGCUCCAAUUUCAGAUGAAACCAUAAAGGCAUAUGUCAAAACUGGAGAACCUUUGGAUAAAGCAGGAGGUUAUGGCAUCCAAGGCCUUGGUGGCAGUUUGAUUGAGAAGAUUGAAGGAGAUUACUUCAAUGUGAUGGGUUUGCCCUUACACACCUUGUGCAAACACCUAGUUGAAAUCAGCAAGAACGUCGAUCUGUAAAGUUGAAAAGUUGGUUAGUUCAAGAGCACCAGUUUUAAUUGAAUAUGAAAAAUUACACUUUCAGUACAUAUUUUCCUCCUGGAACCUGCGCAAACAAUUCAAAGAUGAAUCCAGAAUAAGAUGAAAUCCACGUCACAGACUGCAAGCUGUACCUGGGAAGACUGCAAAAUGAUCCAAGAUACCUUGGGUGGACUGCAUUCAUAUUGUACAACUUUUGGAAUGCAGAACGAAAUGGAUGUACCAUGUUGAUGGAAUGCAGAAGGGAAUAUUCCCAUUAUUACUGGUGAAGCACAAACCAACAGAAAUAAACAGCAAGAGGCCAAAAGGGGCAGUAAAGUGCCAGUUAUCCUAAACUUUUGUCUCUGUUAAAUAUGUAAUUUCCAGUAAUAAAUGUAAUCCUACCAUCCUGAAA